AUGGUUCCUCCUUGCGGCAUCUGCUGCUUGACAGCGGCAAAAGACAAGUUCGUUUCACGCACAUAUGGACAUUGGCUAUGUGCUCUUCACGGCGUUGUUUUAGUCUUCGGGCUGUAUCUUGUGGGUGGGACACCUGGGGGGGGUUGUACGGCGGGAGUGAUUCUCGCAUCUGCAGCCACCUCAUCACUGGCAGAGCCCUCUGCACCCACCCCCGCUUUUGCAUCUUCUGCUGUUGAAAAAGCUGCAUCAGACGUACAGCAGGAGACGCCCUCCCCCGUAGCUGACAACAGCAGCGAAACUCAUACGUUUCGCCCUAUUGUGUACGACAAAUGCAGUAUUCCACUUGCUGUUGGCGGCGAAAUCGUACGGUGCGACAAGGACGGAGGAGGCAGACCUCAUGUAGAGUUCAGUUCGUUUGAGGGGCCACAGGGGCCCCUUUUGAACCAAACUUUCCCCAUGGACAUACCUCCUGAUUUCUUCAUGCGCCGCGCGAUGGCACGAGGCCGUGACGUGGUGAAACAAGAGAACGAUGCAGGAUCCGACUCUGGCUCCUCAUCUUCUUCAACUGAGGGAGAGAAGAGCGGCGCAACGAGUCGGGUGCAAAGGCAGGAGAAGGGUGGAUCCCUGGAUGACCCGCAUUUCAUUCGCGUUUUCGGUCGAUGGACCUUCUAUUCCCAGGGAUUGAAUUUGUGGUUGAACAGAGAUGCUGCACCAUCUAUUGAGCGCAGGCUGACAGACAAAUUCGCAGUUGCAGCCUUGCAGGGGCAACACAACUCUACUUCGACUGAGCCACCUCAGCCACCUCAGCGCCCCUCGAUAUUUGCUCGUAUGCACACACCUCGGCAACCUAGGCUGGCGCACCCUGUUUUGUAUUGGCGGCACACGAUCACUUCUUCUCCCAUAGAGCACUUCUGCAUCGCUUUAAUCAAGCUGCCAGUUACAGAGGGUGGGGAGUCGGACCCUGCUGCAGGGUCUGCAGCAGGUACAAUUCCCGGCUCGUGCGAAGAUGCCCAGCAACUUGUUUCGCAGCGGGGGAGCAACGCCUCUGCAUCAGAUCCAUUUUGGCUUUCUUGCGGCCCUGAGCUGCAGCUGAGCCGCCUAGCGAAGUAUCUCACCUUCUCUAUAUCGCAGGAAAAGGUCAACCGGGUGCUCGCUGCUCUUGACUACAGCGUAGAAAUAUGGGAAGAACCGCACGGAGUGGAACACAGCACAGUGGUAUCCGGACAGCCCUCUUCAGAUGCAAAGACAGCAGAGCGUGGGACAGCAAACGAACAACGCGAGGUGGACGCUCCAACGGAGCAACGAGAAGCCUCAUCCUUUCGUGGCGUGGAGGCACGGCGGCUUUCUGCAAAGCCUGACGCGCUCGUUGAAGGUCCUCCCAGGUGGCGCGUCGGGGUUUGCCUCUUGAACGGUCACAAGGGAAAAGGUGGGGAACAGGAAAAGAUGCCUACAGGUGAUACGAGAACUCGUGACGCCGCCGCCGUAAACGCUGCGACUUCAGUUCAAUCGUCAGGAGAAAGAGAGCGGGAGGCUGCCGCCGCCAAGGCAGAUACUGAGUUGCAGACAGAAUUGAAAGAAGAUGGCGAAUCCAAGAACGAAACGGGAGAGAAACAAGCAGACAAUGCGUCUUCAGAAGCAGCUCUUGUCGGAGAAUUGAAAUUUCACCUCUCGCCGUUCGUUGCAUCGCAGGCAGAUGACAGUCCACCAGGCGAACCUGAAUCCAUUCAAAUUCGGCACUUUAUUGAUGCCGGGUGGAUGUACACUCGGUAUAUCCAAGGAACACAUGUUUCGCGCUUUAACCGGCUGGCCAUCAAGGAAUCCCGUGGAGGGGUUACUCAGCCUUGCGUAGGAUUCUGGGACGAGCACAGUUUGCUUAGUGUGGCACCUGACGCGUAUUCAUGGGAUGAAGAGACGCAGAAGGGCACGCUGAAAUUUGUCUGGUUGAGGGAUGGAGUGGACAAUACCGACGCACUAUUUGACGCUGCUCCUGCACACCAUCCGACUGCCCGCAUGCACAUUUGUUUUUAUCCGAAUGAAGAACAGCCCUUCGGGUUAUUUAUGGGGGAAGUCCGAUUUGUUGUGGGUGAGGUUCUCCAGUGGCGUCCCUUGUUUGUUGCAGACUCGGCGGAUGCAACGUUGCUCGUUUGUUUCAUCCUCUUUGUUUUUUUAGCUCUUCCCCUGACUUGUGCGGUUGCUCUGUCGUUCCACGUGUAUAAACAUCGCCACCUGCGCGAAAGGCUGCAGAGGCUUGUGCUUGUUCAACAGCGAGAUGCGGUGGAACAACUUCUCAUGCGCGAGCUGGGGCUUUCCACAGAAGAUCAGGAUGAUGCAAACGAUGAAGACGAAGACGAAGAAAUCCAUGCUUGA